GACACCAGUGAGGAGCUGAGGAUCGACUGACCUGGAGAGAAAGAGCGCAGUAAACUGGAAUUAUGAGGGUGGGAGCAGCAACCUUGGCGGGGGGCAUAUUUGGAGUAUUAGGGACUCUGUGUUUCUUCGUAGCUUUUGGUACAGACUAUUGGCUGGUGGCCAGUGACAACUGUGGGCUGCAUACAUGGUCGACACAGACAACACUGACAGGCGAUAAAGAUGCCAAUGGGACAGAGAUCCAAUUAGUGGAAACCAUCACCGAUUCUCCUCCAACACUAACUCUGCACCACGAGGGCUUCUUCUGGCGGUGUGUGUUUCAGGUGGAGCCCACGGCACAUGCGGUCCUUGCCACUCUCUUCACAAACCAGCCAGAAUCCAAGGUCUGUAUCCAUGGUUACCUCUUCCCUCUGCCUGUUGCACUUGGACAGGUGCCUCAUCCAAGCUAUGACGCUACAGCAGUGUUCCGAGGUUUCUGGACCGUGCUGAUAAUCCUUGGCCUGGUUGCAGCUCUCACUGGAGGCUUCCUCUUGGUCUGUGGUGUUCCCUUCAUCAGCCACAAGCUGUACAAGCUGGGUGGUGCUUUCCUCAUUGCUGCUGCCUGCCUGUUCCUGUUCAUACUUCUGCUCUUCGUCCUGUGGAUGGAGGUGACGGAGGUGAGGCGCUACGUCAUGCAAGAGAGAGGCGAGGCCUGCCCGGAUGCAAAGGUGUCAGUCCUCUAUGGUCUGUCAUUCAUGGUGGCAGCUGCCGGCGUGCCUCUGGAGCUCAUCUCUGGGAUGGUCUUCAUGCUGGUGGCCCGUGCAUUGCGUGCCAGCAAGUGAGCCCUCCACUUGCCCCGUAUGGGUUAAGAAAAGACUGACCUUUCUAUGUCCUGCACGGGGACUCAGCUGCACAUUUGUGGGGAUGUAAAUACUAUCUGUAACGACAUGGUCGAUAUCACAGCACCACCCUUUGGGCAGUCUGAGACACCUAAUUAGUUUAUCUGUUUCUAUAACUGUCUUCACUUGAUUUUUUAUAAAUAUCAUAAAUGAUUAUAGAUAAAAUACCACAAUG